UGAAACUGAAAAACUAACCAAAAUCAUCGAACCACAAAAUACUUUCAUAGUACAAAAAUCCAUAUAGAGAGAGAGAAAGAUAGUAAAAAAAACAAGUGCUUGUGAUGCAGGUUUUGACUUUGUCUUCCAUCACUCAUUGAUAUUCAUUGACAGUUUCACUUUUGCUUUGGAAGCACAUUUUGACCAUGCCGAUCAAAGCAAGGGAACCACCAUAUGUCACCACCUUAUUUAUAUUUAAUUGGUUUCAGCCGUCUCUGACAAUGACCCACAAGACUACACCUUGUCCUUACUAUAUUCCAAAUUAAACAUAAGAAAAAAAUCAACCACCUUGUUUUACACUUCUUCUUUCAAGGCCAAUAACAAGAACAAGAAGAAAGAAGAACAAGUGGGGUGUUGUUGUUAUUCUUUCAUUUCUUUGCUAUUCAGAUUGGGAAUUUAUUUGGGUAUCUGAAAAGUUCUCAACUUUGAAAGACGUGGUUGUGGUUCUAAGGUCAAAUUAACAGACCAAUUAUCUGUUUACUUCAAGCAUCCUUGCGUUUUCUCAGCAGUUUUUUUUCUAGAUAUCUACUGUUUCCCAAUUGAUUGAGGAUCUUCUGUAACUGAUGAGGGAUGACUGAUAUGUCUUUUGCUGCAUAAACUCAGUUUUGAUUGACAAGAUGGAAGUCAUGGAAGAGAGAAAAUUUUCUAAAUUGUUGUCAGAGCUGAUAGUUUUGGUUGAUGAGGUUUCUUCUAUUGCUAUGAACUCUGAAAUUGAGGUGGAUAUUUUUGCUGAGUUUGCCAUGUUGGUUGAGAAAUUGCCACCAAUCUUCAAUGACUUGAGGGAAAAAAACACUGUUUUGGACAAGCCGCCUAUAAGAAAAUCCUUGGAAUCUCUUGAGAAUGAGUUGAGGCGUGCUAAAGCUUUGAUAAAAAGCUCCAAUUUGAGACAACCUAUCAAGCAAAUUGAGGACAUAACGCAUGAUAUCGGUCGAUCCUUGGGCCUUCUGCUUGUAGCCAGCCUUGAAGUGUCCACGGAUUUCAGAGAAAAGAUUGGUACAUUGCAAAGACAAUUGAUGAAUGUGAGAUUUGAUGGCAGUUUAAGUCUAGCUUCAAGUCCAAAAUCAGAGUUUUCCACCAGUGACAUGAAGCUGACCGGAGAAAUAGAAGAGGAAAUAGUUAAUGUCUCUAUCGAUGAUGUUGUUUUGCAACUUAAGAAUGGUAAUGAUGAAGAAUUUGCGGUUGCAAUUUUGAGACUAAAGCAGUUCAUGAGGAGUGAAAGACUGGAUGGUGGCUUGUUUAACGAGGAAGCAACUCUUGCCAUUCUUUUCAAUCGUCUAGGUUCAUGUAAGGCAGACAAUAGGUUGGCGAUCAUUCGAUUGCUAAGAAGUAUUGCUUUUGGAAAUGAUGAGAAAAAGGAUAAGAUGGUAGAUAUUGAGUAUUUAUCAGCAGUGGUGAAGUCACUGACAAGAGAUUCAGAAGAGAGGAAGGAAGCAGUAGGGCUGUUGCUAGACCUCUCUGACAUUCAAGCAGUUCGACGGCGAAUUGGAAGAAUUCAAGGGUGCAUUGUUAUGUUAGUUGCUAUACUUAAUGGGGAUGACUCUGAUGCCUCUCAUGACGCAGCAAAGUUAUUGGAUAUAUUGUCUAGUAAUACUCAAAAUGCACUUCAUAUGGCUGAGGCUGGCUACUUCAGGCCACUGGUGCAGUAUUUGAAAGAAGGGUCUGACAUGAACAAGAUCCUAAUGGCGACAGCACUUUCUAGGUUGGAGCUCACUGAUCACAGCAAACUUUCCCUUGGAGAAGCUGGGGCAAUUGAGCCCCUUGUGAAUAUGUUUUGUACCGGGAAACUCGAGUCCAAGUUAUCAUCUCUAAAUGCGCUACAAAAUCUGUCUACCAUGAAAGAAAAUGUGCAACACUUGAUCAGUUCUGGAAUUGCAGGAUCUCUGCUACAACUUCUUUUCUCAGUAACAUCUGUGCUCAUGACUUUGCGCGAGCCUGCAUCGGCUAUUCUUGCAAGAAUUGCUCAGUCAGAAUCCAUCCUUGUUAAUGAAGAUGUGGCUCAGCAGAUGCUUUCACUUUUGAAUCUUUCUAGCCCUAUAAUUCAAGGUCAUCUGUUAGAAGCUCUAAAUAACAUAGCCUCUCAUCCUGGUGCAUCCAAGGUGAGAAGCAAAAUGAAGGAAAAAGGUGCACUUCAGCUGCUCUUGCCCUUUCUGAAGGAAAACACCACCAAAGUCAGGAGUAAGGUCUUGCAAUUGCUAUACACUCUCUCAAAAGAUCUAACAGAUGAGUUGACUGAACAUCUUGAUGAAACUCAUCUUUUCAACAUUGUCAAUAUUGUCUCAACAUCAACAUUAGACAGUGAAAAGGCUGCGGCUGUUGGCAUACUGAGUAAUCUUCCUGCUAGUAAUAAAAAAGUGACAGAUAUACUGAAGAGGGCAAAUUUACUGCCCAUUUUAAUAUCCAUUAUGUAUUCUAGCACAGGAAGUAAUUCAUCCACAACAAAUAGUUUCUUAACAGAGAGUAUUGCAAGUGUUAUUAUUCGCUUCACAAUUUCCUCUGACAAGAAACUACAACUUUUUUCAGCCGAACAAGGGGUGAUUCCUUUGCUAGUAAAACUGCUCUCAAGUGGUUCACCAAUCACAAAAUCAAGGGCUUCUAUCUCUCUGGCUCAACUAUCACAGAAUUCUCUGUCUCUUAGGAAAUCGAGAAAAUCAAGGUGGUCAUGUGUUCUGCCCUCGGUGAAUGCAUAUUGUGAAAUUCAUGAGGGAUAUUGCUUUGUCAACAGCACAUUUUGUUUGGUCAAGGCGGGUGCUGUUUCUCCCCUUAUUCAAUUAUUGGAAGAUACUGAGAGAGAAGUAGUUGAAGCUGCUUUGCAUGCCCUCUCAACUCUUUUGCAAGAUGAAAUCUGGGAAGGUGGUGUCAAUUCCAUUGCCAAGUUGUCGGGUGUGCAGGCUAUUAUAAAAAGUCUACAAGUUGAGGAUGCAAAGGUUCAAGAAAAAGCAAUAUGGAUGUUGGAGAGAAUAUUCAAGGUUGCAGAACAUAGAUUAAAAUAUGGAGAAUCUGCUCAGGUGGUUCUUAUUGAUCUUGCCCAGAAAAGUGAUUCUAGAUUGAAGUCAACAGUUGCAAAAGUUUUAGCUGAGCUGGAGCUCUUGCAAUCUCAAUCAAGUUACUUCUGAAACCAGUCUUUCUCUAUGAGAAACACUGGCAGUGAUUUUGUUUUGAUAUCCAUUCAUUUGUAUUAUUUUGGUGUACAUGCUUUCUUCUUUUGGAUGAGCCACAUAGUGCCAUUCUAGUAUAUGUAAUUUAUAAGAAAUAGUAAAAGUUUGGCAAUGUAUCAAGUUUGAUUCAUUCUAUAUUAAUGAAAGAACAUAUGUUAAGAGAGGCCAGUCUCUUAAACAAAUUUCAAUA